AUGACCACACACAUCCGACUGUCUUCCGGCGACGGCCCAGUCUACCGCACCGUGCUUCAGACGCCGCUACGCGAUGCCACGGCCGCCGAAAUUCCCGUGAUUGACAUCGCCGGCAUCUUCAGCAGCUCAGCCGCCGAGCGGGCAGCUGUGGCGACACAAAUCCACGCCGCCGCCACCGGCACAGGCUUCUUCUACAUGCGCGGCCACGGCAUCGCGGCCGCCGUGACCGAGGCAGCCCGGACGGCCUGUCUGGACUUUUUUCGGCAGCCGCUCGCGACCAAGCAGCUGGCUGACGCGACCAAAUCGCGCUUCUUCAACGGCUACAAGUCGCCGCAGACACAGCGCAUCAACGCGGCCGAGUCGGUCGACGUGCGCGAGACCUUUUCCUGGGUCUACGACCCGGCCUACGAUCCGGCCGUUCAGACCACCGAAACAAGCAUCCCUCCCGCCAUUGCCGUCUGGCUGCGCGGCGAGGCUUUUCCCUGGCUCGCUACCGCAAACCUGCCACACUUCCGGACUGCUAUCGUCGCCUACUGGCAGGCCUGUCUCGGUCUCGCCCGCGCCCUCUUACAUUCCUUUGCCCUCUCGCUCGGUCUGCCCGAGACCGCCCUCGAUGCUCGCUUCUCCCACCCCGACGCCGCCCUCGCGCUCAACUAUUAUCCCCCCAUCGCUGCCACGACGCCGGAUGUCUCCAUCGGCUCCCAUACUGACUUCCAGCUCUUCACCAUCCUCUGGCAGGACGACUGCGGUGGCCUCCAGGUCCUCAGUCGCUCUGGCCAGUGGCUCACUGCACCCCCCCUCGCCGACACCCUCGUCGUCAACAUCGGUGAUUUCUUCCAGCGCAUCACCAACGACCGUUACGUAAGCACAGUCCACCGUGCCCAGAACCACAGCGGACGCGAGCGCGUCAGCAUGCCCUUCUUCUUCGGCUUCAACCGGAACGAGGUCUGCGGCGUGCUCGAUACCUGCGUCGGCCCUGGCGAGACCAAAAAGUACCCCGACAUCCGCUGUGCCGACUGGGUCGACCGGCGCGUGCGGGCGAUGCACAUGGGGAGCAGCACGUGA